CAUUUCCGCCAGCCUGGAGUGUCUCCGCCCUUCCCACCUCCCUUCCUCCGAGCGUCUUAAACACAGGCCUCGGGCCUACAGUUCUGGGGUUAUUUGGGGGGGCGGGGGGCAGGUCUGAUGAGUAACCCCUCCCCCCAGGUCCCAGAGGGAGAAGCCUCUACAUCUGUCUGCCGGCCCAAGAGUUCCAUGGCCUCCACUUCCCGCCGCCAACGCAGAGAGCGUCGCUUCCGUCGUUACUUGUCUGCAGGACGGCUGGUCCGGGCCCAGGCCCUCCUCCAGCGACACCCAGGCCUUGAUGUAGAUGCUGGGCAGCCCCCACCACUGCACCGGGCCUGUGCCCGCCAUGAUGCCCCUGCCCUUUGCCUGCUGCUUCGGCUCGGGGCUGACCCUGCCCACCAAGACCGCCACGGGGACACAGCGCUGCACGCUGCUGCCCGCCAGGGCCCUGAUGCCUACACAGACUUCUUCCUGCCGCUGCUGAGUCGCUGUCCUUCUGCAAUGGGAAUAAAGAAUAAGGACGGGGAGACCCCUGGGCAAAUUCUGGGCUGGGGACCCCCCUGGGAUUCUGCUGAAGAAGAGGAAGAAGAUGAGGCUUCCAAGGAGCAGGAAUGGAGGCAAAAGCUGCAAGGAGAGCUAGAGGAUGAGUGGCAGGAGGUGAUUGGGAGGUUUGAAGAUGAUGCAUCCCAUGAGGCCCAGGAACCCGAGUCCUUCUCAGCCUGGUCAGACCGCUUGGCCCGAGAACAUGCCCAGAAGUGCCAACAGCAGCAGCAGUGGGAAGCAGAGGGAGCCUGCAGAUCCCAGCGGGCUGAGGGCUCCAGUCACAGUUGGCGACAGCAGGAGGAGGAGCAGCGGCUCUUCCGAGAGCGAGCCCGGGCCAAGGAGGAGGAACUGCGUGAGAGCCGAGCCAGGAGGGCCCAGGAAGCUCGUGGGGACCAAGGGCCAGAGCCAGCCAGGGCUGGGCCCAGGGCCGAGCACACAAGAGGAGCAGGGAGGGGCAGCCUCUGGCGCUUUGGCGAUGUGCCCUGGCCCUGCCCUGGGGGAGGAGACCCGGAGGCCAUGGCCGCAGCCCUGGUUGCCAGGGGUCCCCCCUUGGAGGAGCAAGGGGCUCUGAGGAGGUACUUGAGGGUCCAGCAGGUCCGCUGGCACCCUGACCGCUUCCUGCAGCGAUUCCGGAGCCAGAUUGAGACCUGGGAGCUGGGCCGUGUGAUGGGAGCUGUGACAGCUCUUUCCCAGGCCCUGAAUCGCCAUGCAGAGGCCCUCAAGUAACCCCAUGGACAGCACAAGAAACUACGGGGAAUGAAGCCUUAGGGGUGGGGCAGAAGGAAGGAUGAUAAGGCCUGGGAUGGAGAUGACAAGGACAAGGAAAAGGAAGAUGCUGCACAGUAGAGGAUAUGGGGUGGGAGCGAAACUAGUAACCAGUGGGGGUGGGGGAGGUGUGGCCCACCACCACUGCUCCUUGACUCUGCCAUUUCCUAAUAAGACCUAGUUCCACAUCUC